UUGGACCUUCUGUUUUGUAAAAGAUUUCGAUGAGGACAGAUUACGACUGUAACCUCUUUCGAUAAAUAGUAUACAAUAUCACUGAUAAUUGAUAUAAAAUAUGGCAACAAAAAAGAUCAAUGGAUUAUUUGUGCCUUUUAAUCAGUUAUAUAAACGUAAUGUAUUCAUGGUAGAUGCUAUAACAAAACACACAUAUGCAACCACUGAUGAAGUUGAUCAAGUUACUCAUACUGGUCAGGCAUUUGAGAAAGACGACUAUCGGUUAGUAAGAUUUUUGAACAGGCCAAAAGAAGUUAAUAAAAAUUGGGCAAUUAAAUUGAUAGAUGAAGUACCACCGUCUCCUGAGAAAGAUAGAAUUGUAGCUUGUGAUGGUGGUGGAGGCCCUCUUGGACACCCUAAAGUUUAUAUAAAUCUGGAUAAACCAGGCAAUCAUAUUUGCGGUUAUUGCGGAUUGCGUUUUUAUAAGGAGAAUCAUUAGAAAAUAUGUGUAUGUAUAUGAGUAGUAUUAUAUUAAUUGUUAAC